AUGGAAAAAUGGUUGCGAUGCUGUCGCUCGCGCUUGACGCACGGGAGCCUUUGUGCUCUGGGGUUCUCCUCAUUUCAUGAUUUCGAGUACGAUGACGAGAACUACUCAUCCGAGGAAGCCACAGAGCUCAUGCCCGCGGAUCUUAAGGCGCUCAACAAGGCCUUCCGCUCGGUAUCACGAUGUAUCAACGGACGUUCGAAAGGUCUCUUAGAACGCAAUGGCGAUCGCAGGGAGUUCCUUCACCGAACCCUUCACAACUUUCUCCGCUCCGAUGAAAUGAACGACUUUCUGAGGGACCAUAGGAAGAAUAGGCAUUGCCCCAUCGAUGAGCCACUAGCACCGUACGACAAGCAAGACUGGCAAUGGGCUGAUGGGCUGCUCAUCUUCGCGGACAAGCACAUGCUUCUUAUGCUACCCGAACAAGGGGCAGACCCAACUGCAACCAACGUCCGACACCCUGCGCGUGCUCACUCACUCAAGCGACCAGCAGCGUACGAAGGAGACUCCAUGGGCGAUGUUGAAUGA